CGCACCAUACACGAUCAUUCGCGAUGGAAGUUUGUUCCGUAUAGUUCUCGCGCUAGUGUGCAUUAAUACGCGAAAAGCUUGCCACACGGUCGCGACUGCCGGAAGUAUUGACGCGGUGUCGUGUGCGGGAAGAGUCAAUUUCCGUGUUUUCGACACUGUACGUGGCCCGCUUAAAAAUGGAGAUAACGCAUUAUGCGGAGCCGGACUUCUCGAAUGUGAGGACGCUGCACUUCCGUGAACUGAUAGACAGGAAGGACGAGGACGUCCGUUCAAUACGAAAUGAUAUCUUCGAUGCUGUUUACAGAGUGACGACCGUUAAAAGAAAUCCGACAUGGUGGAAGAGGCGAUCCGGUUUGGAACGCGGGUUAACGGUGAUAGCGGUUUCCGGGUUUCUUUUAUGCGUCGCUUUGGCGGUGGCACUUGGAAUUUUGGCAGCCAACACAUGCAACGUUACAUCCAAGACCGAUCCUGUUAAUCUAGAGAUGCUACCAUCCACAGCCGAAGCGUUAAGCGGAUCAGAAGCGUCGAAAGGUGUUCACGUCUUUCAAAAAAGUGCGGAGUGCGAUGAUACAUGUUUAACACCUGGAUGUGUUUACACAGCCUCGCAAGUAUUGAAGAAUAUGGAUCGUGAUGUGGAGCCCUGCGAUGACUUUUACAAAUUCGCCUGCGGCGGCUUCCUCGAAUCGACUAUUAUACCUGACGACAAAACCAGCGUGAAUUCGUUCUCUAUCAUCAUCGAUAAUCUCGCAGAACAAUUACGGGCCAGUAUUGAACAAGAGAGUCCUCCAAACGAACCGAGGCCAUUUAGGCUCGCCAAAGAUUUCUACAAGGCCUGCAUGAAUAAAACCGCUAUCGAAGAACGAGGCUUGCAGCCAUUACUGGAUAACCUGAAGAAACUCGGCGGCUGGCCAGUUUUAGAUGCUGAACGAUGGAGCGAGGGCGAUUUUACUUGGAAAGAUUCUGUUUACAAAUUUCGCAAAUUGGGCUAUUCCGUUGAUUACUUUAUCGACUUUGGUGUCAGCGUGGAUUUGAAGAACAACUCAAGACGUUUAAUCGAUCUUGAUCAAGCAGCUCUCGGUCUUUCUCGUGAAUAUCUAUCAAAAGGCUUUAACGAGAAAAUCGUUCAGGCAUAUUACAACUACAUGGUAGACAUUGCUGUAAUUCUCGGAGCCAAUUCAAGCCGAGCUCGCACUGAAUUGAAGGAGUCACUUGAAUUCGAAAUCAAGCUCGCGAAUAUCUCUUUGCCCAAUGAGAAACGACGCAACGUGACUCUUCUCUACAACCCCAAGACCGUAGACGAGCUGUCCGCGGCGUAUCCUAGCAUCCCAUGGUGGGAAUACUUCAAUACCAUUCUCGCACCGAACGCGCAGCUAGAUCGAAACGAGAUAGUUAUCGUGAACGUGCCCAGCUAUCUAAAAGACUUCGAACGGUUGAUCACGAGUACGCCGAAGAGGGUACAGGCGAAUUAUGCGCUUUGGAGAGCAGCCGCCGCAUCAGUUAGCUAUCUGACGGACGAUAUCCGGAAGAGACAGUUGAAGUAUACGAUGGAGUUAAACGGCAAGACGGAGAGGGAGCCGAGAUGGAAAGAAUGUAUGGAUAUCGUUUCUAGUAGUUUGGGAAUUAGCGUCGGCUCGAUGUACGUGAGAAAAUAUUUCAAGGAGAACGCGAAAAAGACCGCACUCGAAAUGGUCGGUGAUAUCAGAGAAGAGUUCACGAAGAUUUUGAAGAAGGUGGAAUGGAUGGAUGAGAAGACUAGAGCCAACGCUUUAGAAAAAGCAGCUGAUAUGACGUCACAUAUCGCUUAUCCAGAUGAAUUGUUAGACGACAAGAAACUUGAUGAAUUUUACGAGGGACUCGAAUUGAAUUCUUCUGAUUAUGUAGGAAGCAUCUUGAACCUGACUAUUUUCGGAACAAACUUUUCAUUCGGUAGACUGAGGAAGCCAGUGAACAAAACUGAAUGGAUAACUCAUGCAAGACCGGCUGUCGUGAAUGCGUUCUAUUCGUCAAUCGAGAACAGUAUUCAAUUUCCCGCGGGUAUCUUGCAAGGCACAUUCUUCAGCAACGAUCGGCCGCGCUACAUGAACUACGGUGCUAUCGGCUUUGUCAUCGGCCACGAGAUUACUCAUGGUUUUGACGAUCAAGGUAGGCAAUUCAAUAAGGAAGGUAAUCUCGUGGACUGGUGGCAACCAGAGACGAAAGAGUAUUAUAUCAAGAGAGCCGAGUGCAUAAUUAACCAAUAUGGAAAUUACACCGUGGAAGACGUUGGAAUGAAUUUAAAUGGAAUAAAUACUCAAGGUGAGAACAUUGCCGAUAACGGCGGCAUAAAAGAAGCAUAUUAUGCGUACAGAGAAUGGGUGAAGCGAAACAAGCCUGAACAGAGAUUGCCGGGUCUGCAAUAUAGCCCGGAACAGAUGUUCUGGAUAAGCGCUGCCAAUACUUGGUGCAGCAAGUACCGACCGGAAGCGAUGAAACUGCGCAUCACUACAGGAUUUCACAGCCCCGGCGAGUUUCGCGUUCGCGGACCGCUAUCAAACAUGGAAGAGUUCUCGCGCGAUUUCAACUGCCCGGUCGGCUCCAAAAUGAACCCCGAGAAAAAGUGUGCUGUAUGGUAGAUCUCAAGUGUCAACAAAAAACUAUA